CGGCGGGCGUGGCCUUAGCGCUAAGGGCCGAGCUCCUGAUCUGUAGGCCCCGGUGCAGGGGCAAACUUUCUGGGCAGUAGGGGCUUUGUACUGGCGAGGUGGGCCGGGAAGGAGACCCUCCAGACGAAGGGAGCCCACUCCGGAGCCGGGCUUCUGGGCAGAGAGAGCUUUUAUUGGCUUGUGGGCGGGUUUUAUGAGCUGACAAUUGUGUGUAGGCGGGGCUUCUGGGCUGAGGGGCUUUAUGUGGGUGCAGAGCUUCUAAACAGAGGAGAGUGGGUGUGGGCAGAGCAUCUGGACUGAGGGUGCCUGUGUGGGGUUUUUUAAGCCAGGUACAGUAGUGCAUGAACAGAGCUUUGGGGCUGGGAGCUGUUUGGGGCAGAGCUCCUGGACAAGAACUUUUCCGAGACGUGUGGGAAAAGCUUCCAGGCUGAGAAGCUAGGGCAAGGGGUGUGUGUGUGUGUGUGUGUGGAGGCUGCUCUGCUGCCAUGAGGAGGUAUGAACAAGGCUAUAACUUUGACAGGGACUGGGGUGGUGCCUUGGAGCUUUGUUGCAGGACUUUUGUGCAAGGUGGUGCCUGGGAGCUUGGGCUAGACUGCUAAGCCUAGAAAAAGAGGUUGCAGGUCCAAGUUUUGGGUUCACAACCACACCAUUCUCCCUUGACACGGUGCUCAGGCCCUGGGUCCUGACUGUGAGAGUCCAGGAUGCCCACUGAGCUGGAUCUUGGGUCCUGGAGAAAAAACUUCACGGGUGCCCAUAAUUGUAAACCUACAGGGAGUUGUAGUAUCUGAAAGGAGCAGUGUACACCAGCGCUAAGAGCGCAGGACCCAGACCCCCAGACUACCUGCGACACAAUGUAAACUGAGUUUACCAAUCUGUGGAACCUGUCCGGAUUCAUUACCUCAUCAACAGUUAUUGAGCACUUACUUCAUGCUGGGCACUGUGGUAGGAGGAGGGGAUACAACAGUGAAAAGGACAUAUCAGGAUAGUGACCUCACUGGCCUUCCAUUCCAGUGGGAAAGAUAGAUAGUAAAUACGUUAACAAAUGAAUAAGAUGAAGAGUGAAUUGUGAAAAAAAAUAGAAAUAAGAUAGAGAGUUAUGGGGGCAGAUACUCACAAAAUGGCAGGGAAUGGCUCUCCAGAGAGUACAGCAAGUGCAGAAGGUAGCAAUAAGCUUGGUUUGCUCAAAGAGAGAAAGGCCAGGCUGGCUGAAGCAUGGGGGCGAGGCAGAGAAUGGUAGGAGAUAAGUUGGAAGAGGUGGGCAGGGGCCAGAUCAUGGGUCUCUGUAACUGAGUGACAAAGUGAGAACUGGUAGCCAGUAUCAUUGCUGUUAUCCUUGAUAUAUGCCCUCUGGCUUGAGGAUCUACCUUGUGUCGAGCCCUGCAGGAGGACGAAGAGGUCCCAACAGGACAUCCUACUGUCGAAAUCCACUCUGUGAGCCAGGAUCCUCUGGGGGCUCAGGUGGGGGCCACACUUCCAGCGCAUCAGUCACCAGUGUCCGUUCCCGCACCAGGAGCAGUUCUGGGACGGGCCUCUCCAGCCCCCCACUGGCCACCCAGACGGUCGUGCCCCUGCAGCACUGCAAGAUCCCCGAGCUGCCCGUCCAGGCCAGCAUUCUGUUUGAGUUGCAGCUCUUCUUCUGCCAGCUCAUAGCCCUCUUCGUCCACUACAUCAACAUCUACAAGACAGUGUGGUGGUAUCCGCCCUCCCACCCGCCCUCCCACACCUCCCUGAAUUUCCACCUGAUCGACUUCAACUUGCUGAUGGUGACCACCAUUGUUCUGGGCCGCCGCUUCAUUGGGUCCAUCGUGAAGGAGGCUUCUCAGAGGGGGAAGGUCUCCCUCUUUCGCUCCAUCAUGCUGUUCCUCACCCGCUUCACCGUUCUCACGGCAACAGGCUGGAGUCUGUGCCGCUCCCUCAUCCACCUCUUCAGGACCUACUCCUUCCUGAACCUCCUGUUCCUCUGCUAUCCGUUUGGGAUGUACAUUCCGUUCCUGCAGCUGAACUGUGACCUCCGCAAGACAAACCUCUUCAGCCACAUGGCCUCCAUGGGUCCCCGGGAGGCGGUCAGCGGCCUGGCACGGAGCCGGGACUACCUGCUGACACUGCGGGAGACGUGGAAGCAGCACACGCGGCAGCUGUACGGCCCGGACGCCAUGCCCACCCACGCCUGCUGCCUGUCGCCCAGCCUCAUCCGCAGUGAGGUGGAGUUCCUCAAGAUGGACUUCAACUGGCGCAUGAAGGAGGUGCUGGUCAGCUCCAUGCUGAGCGCCUAUUACGUGGCCUUUGUGCCUGUUUGGUUCGUGAAGAACACACAUUACUAUGACAAGCGCUGGUCCUGCGAGCUCUUCCUGCUGGUGUCCAUCAGCACCUCGGUGAUCCUCAUGCAGCACUUGCUGCCUGCCAGCUACUGCGACCUGCUGCAUAAGGCCGCUGCCCACCUGGGCUGCUGGCAGAAGGUGGACCCAGCACUGUGCUCCAACGUACUGCAGCACCCGUGGACUGAAGAAUGCAUGUGGCCACAGGGUGUGCUGGUGAAGCACAGCAAGAACGUCUACAAAGCAGUGGGCCACUACAAUGUGGCCAUCCCCUCCGACGUCUCCCACUUCCGGUUCCACCUUCUGUGGGAAGCAGUAGUCUUGACAGAAGGAACACCACAAACAAAGGCAGAGAGAUGGCAAGGUCCACGCCCAACCCUACGAAGUCUUCCUCCCCACCCAAGUCUGCAUGGGGCCCAAGAGCUUGACCCCUUCACUGGCCUACCCAGAACCCCCUUCCAAGAGGCAGGUUUCUGGAGCCCACUUUCCAGUCCAUGCCUACUCUUUCCUGGGCAGUUCUUUUUCAGCAAACCCCUGCGGAUCCUCAACAUCCUUUUGCUGCUGGAGGGCGCUGUCAUCGUCUACCAGCUCUACUCCUUAAUGUCCUCUGAUAAGUGGCACCAGACCAUCUCACUGGCACUCAUCCUCUUCAGCAACUACUACGCCUUCUUCAAGCUGCUGCGAGACCGCCUGGUAUUGGGCAAGGCCUACUCGUACUCGGUCAACCCCCAGAGGGACCUAGACCACCGGUUCUCCUGAGCCCCAGGGCGACCCAGGGACAGCAUCCAGGCUUCAGCCAGGGGCUCCCUGGGAAGCGGCUGUGGGAGAGGGAUGGGUGAGGGGCAAAAAAAAAACAAAAACAGACAAAAAAAAAUCCACCAGAGCUUUGUAUUUUUGUUACAUACUGUUUCUUUCUUUGAUAAUUGAUGUGAUUAUGAGGAGAAAAAAAAAGUCCUAUUUUUAUACUCCCAAUAAGCCUGUGUCCUGUAUUUCUUUCUCCUUUUCUUGCCUGUCAGGCAGAGAGCAGAGGUGUGGGAUUCUUGGCCAGGACACCCCAUGCGUGGCUUCUGGGGCCCCUGUGAGCUCUGCCUUCUCCGGUGGAGAAAAGAUGAGACCCCCGAGGUCACCGGAGCAUGGUAGCUGCUGCUGGCUGAAUGCUCGCUGUGUGCCAGAGGCUGCUCUACGUGUAUUACAGGCCUUGUCUUAAUCCAGUUUUUA